AUGGCAAGAGCACCUCAGCAACUACCGCAGCAACAACAUCAGGUUGUCCGCUUACUCGGCACCAAUGAGACCAGACAAGUCCCAAUCCACAAAAACCUCGUCCAAGGAUGGGAACAUGUCGUCUACUGGGACGAUAUCAGGGAGCAAUUCUCUCAUAUCAAGGUGGCUAUCAUUGCAGAAGCUGGACUCGACUUUCAACGGGACUCUCAUGGCCAAAUUAUGGAGCCUCAACGAAUCAAGGCACAGCACCCAUCGGAAAUCAUCGUUCAACUCGACAAGAUCAACGAGGAUCGUUUGGAUGUCCAGACAGUCCAGACAGUCCAAUCCAGCAUUCGAGCCCUGUUUGACAUCCCCAAUCAUCCGAUCCCGAGGAUGUUCAUUAUCGUCCCCGAGCUCAAGUCCAAACUUAACCCUACCACGUUGGUCUACCGCUCCUAUCGACUCUUCUUCCUCUGCGAAUGCGGCGACUCGGUUGCCGCUGCUUCGUCUACUGUCGACGGAGGUAUCUCCCACCAUAUGCAUUUCGCUCACCACGAGGGGUACCAGAUCCGGACACCACGGGUGUUCAUCCGAAGGUAUGGCAAGCAUGUGGUGAGGCUCCUUAACGCCGUCCAAGUCCUUGCAACCAUCGGUGGUAAUUCAUCCAAGCUGCCGUCGGAUAUGAAGAAGGCCCUUGGUGCUACCGACGAUAAAUGUCUGUCCAGGAUCAAGGAAAUCGCCAAUCAUCUCCAACAGGUUCUCAAGUCUACCAACGACAAAGUCGACGCGAAACACUCCCAGGUUCUUGAUGGUCCCGAACUCAGAGCAGUAGUGUCCUUCCUGAUUCGAAAGGACGAGAGUCAAACCUUAGGCAACCUGCACCGGAUUCAGACGCCUGACUACAAGACCAGGUGGGUCUGUGACCAGCAUGUGCAGGAAAACGCCAGGGUCGGCAACAUGGAAGAGCUCCGACGCAUAACCCAGACAUUUAAAGGCACCCUAGAUGAGAAGCGAGGACUGGUCACCGUUCGACUUUCAUCCGACAACGCCGUGGGCUUUUUCAGGUUGAUUGGGAGGGAUAGUCCUAUCCAGGAGCUCGACAUCACCUUAGACUUUGGUCCAACAACGGAGCAGAUCCGAACACUACGACAACACAUGAAACUUUCCCACGUCUCGAGCCUGACCUUCAACAUCGACAUUCCUAAUGGCCACUAUGUCUUCUUGGGUGUUAUACGGAAGGUCGCUGGAGUCGCUCAACUCUUGAAGCUCCUCGAACUCGAGAAAGUGGGAAAGCCGGGGCCUUUCAGGAAUCUCUCCAUCAAAGGCGUGUCUGACUUUCUCGAGGCGUACGAGUACAAGAAAUGCCUGGCCCAUAGUCUUACCCUGGAUCGAGUGUCUUUCAGAUGGGAGAACGAGAAGAGCAGGCAACGACUCCUUCAGCUGCUGGGAAAGGCUCCCGAUCUGUCAUCUUUACAGCUCUGCAGCACCACACUCGUGCAAGGGUACGACAUGGCUAAUGAACUCGCCAAGGCAUCCCAUCAACUGAAGACGAUCGACAUCUCCGUGCAGCACGGAGGACGAUUCGAGUUUCGCCUCAAAGCAGGAUCAAUCGACACCAUCGCCGUCACCAUCCAUGCAUCUGAACUGGGCGUUGUUGACGCUUGGAGCGACAAGAUCGAACGACUCACGGUCAUGGCUGUCGACGGUGACUGGUUCUGGCCUGCACUCCAAAAACUCAUCUCGCAAUCGUGGUGCCUUAAUCGUUUGGAUCUCCAUUGCCCUGUCGACAGAUUCUGUUCCAUCUUCCAACGAGUCAAGGAUGCCAUCAGUACUCAAUCUAGUCUCGGGACCCUCUGCCUCCAUCACGGGAAUAGCGAGCUCCUCAUAGCGGAUAUCAACAACUCUACCUCUACCACGACGAUCAGGAUGUCGCCAGGGGAAGAACGGCGGCUGGGCUUCUGGAAAACCUUUUCCCUAUUCGGCUUCGUUCCUUCCUACGAUGCAUCUCCAUCCCAAUUGACGGACGAGGAAUCCAAGGCCAUCCAAGAUCAUUUCUCGCAAACUAAUGGACCCAUUCGAUUGAAGGAGCUCAACCUUGACGUCUCCAAGCUGACCUGCCUCGGGUUGAUGAGCCUCGGUGGAUUCUUGGAUCAGUACAAAACAGUGUGUGUCCGCCUAUCUGGAUCUUGGAGUCGUAACUGCAAUGAGUACAUCAUAUCGAGUCUUGGAGCAAGGAUUUCUGGAUUCGACAUGGUUGUACAUCUUUCUGGAACAAACCCGCUGGAAAAAGAAGCACCAGCCCUGCUCGAGACCCUUCAACUCGUCAAGAAGUCCGUUUCGAUCCCAGGCGCCAGACUGAGGUUCAUGACCAAUAAUGGCAACACUAUCGACAUCCCCGACGUUUGCAAGCCUGACACCGGCUACUUCAACAUCAUUCAGGAGGAUGAGAUGUUCGACUUUGCCCUCACUCGAUACUUCAAGCAACUUCCUCCCAAGCUCCUCUGCAGCAACGGGUUCUCAGAUGCGGAUGCCAUGGUACUUCAAGACCUAAUCGUUCUCAAUCCGGACCGCCUUCGAUACGUGUCCAUCCCCAUCCAUGGCCUCAGCCCUCAGACCUUGCGCGACCUGGAAGUAUCCAUUAGCACGCUCUCGAAAGGGGCCGAACUCAAGAUCCACUGGAACGGAAGCGGGCUACUGGACAACACCAAGCUGCAAGCAUGUCUCCAUUUUAUCUCCAAAGUCGCCAACCGUACAUGCGAACUGGACAUAGAAAACAUCACUAGUCUCGGCGACUGUAUCAGUGACAGAGUCAGCGACGCGCCUCCCAUUUGGUCCGUCUUGCAAUCAGUCUCCCUGCGACACAUCCAAACAACCGAAUGGUUUUCGACAUGGAUGCAAUGGAUGGCCGCGUCCAAGAAGCUUCAUUCCGUCCACUUUGUCAGCCUGCUCAAUAUCGAUCCUGUGCAGUGGAACAACAUCCUGAAGGACAUGCCUUUCCACACUCUCAAGUCUGUCCGGAUUAAGUCGUCACGUUUGCCGGCCGAUCUGUUGAAGGUCAUUGUCGGUCGCAUCCCACCAGCAGGAGGUGACUUGAAAACACUUGAUGUCGAGUGUCAUGAGAAGCCAAAGAGGACCUGGUAUCGGAAGAAGAAGAAGCCAGCGAAUCGGUUCCCAUUCGAGCUAGAGGUUCUUAGCAAGGCUCCUAACUGCGUUGUUACCGUAGUGUAUAACUGGAAGAAGUAA